UACAAAUUGUGUCUGGAUGGUUGCAACAUGCAUGUUAGAUGACUGACAACAUCCUCAAAGUGAACACAGUCCACAAAAGUCUCAGUGUUUGGAAAUAAGAAAGAGAACGAUGCCAUGUCUGAAGAGCCCUACAAAACCAUGUAAUGUUUGGGAAGGUUAGAAUGUGAAUUAGUUCCUUCUUCUGGUCUGUACUUUUAACUGGGGAAUUCUUUUGCUACACAUUAUAAAGCCACUCUUCACACUUCAGUGCUCUUCAGAGGAUACGUGUUUAUCAGAAGAUGUUUGAUUGGAGUCCCAAGGUAUGAACUAAUAAUUUGUUAAACGUUUUGUUGAGUUAUGGAUAGAAUUUUUAGAAUGAAAUAUUCACUUUAGACAUAAUAAUAUUUUCUAUUCAUUAUGAACUCUUUAAGUGAUGAACGGUAACGUGGGUAACAUGUAUUUUUAUAUUAGACAUUUAUUCAACUAUUGAUUAUUUUCUUUGCUCUUCCCCCUUCUUGCCAUGUAGAUGAAAUGCACUCAGAUCCUGUCAAUUUUGUUUGGCAUUCUCAUCCUACGCCAGACAAAAAGCCAAAGACCCAAGUUCACUCAAAGCAGCUGGACACUUCAACCAAACGUUGUUGUGGUGAACGUGGACGGCUCGCUGGUCCAACAUCCUCUGAGCUGUGUGGGUCCCUUCAGUGGAGAGGCGGAGAAGUGGAGAAGAGACGAUGACUGGGUGUGGAGGAGAGAUGGAGAGGAGAAUGAGGAGAUCCUGUGGAAGAUGAACGGAGUCCCCAGAAAAAGGGGGAACAACUUCCUCGUAAACCUGGAGGAGAGAAACGGAGGGGGAAGCUUUACAUGUCACAGGCUGGACGAUUCCCUCCUAAACCAGACUAUGGUCCUGGUAAACCACCUGGACGGACAGAAACGCAUCCUGGAAGGAUCCACCAGAACAGGCUAUAUGAAAUGUUCUACAAGUAAACACCAACCAAGGUUUCACUGUUCCUGGAAUUGUACUCCUUCAUGGGUUGGCGAAGUUAUGUUUGUCCAAGUUGCACGAGGACACUUUGUAAAGGACGUCAGCUGCUCCGUGGACGCUACUGGCAAGCACUGGACGUGUUCCUCUGCCUUAGGCGACAGUGACAUUGUGUGUUCUUUGGACAGUAGUGGGCAGAGUGUGUCCUGCGAGGACAGACGCUACUGUCCUUACGCUGAGGAAACCGACAGAAUCAGUCUGACCGUGUACAUCAGGAGUAACUACUUGCUGGAGGAAUACUCCAGCCGCUUCUACUUGUCAGAGAUAGUAAAACCAGACCAGGUAUUCAUCAAGAAGGUGAACAACAGUGCUAUUGAGUGGAGCCACCCUGUCUCCUGGAACAGGCCUUCCUCCUACUUCCCCCUCACCUAUCAGAUCAAAGUCAUCACAGGGAAGCAGCGCAAGAUAGGCUGCACGUGUGAUCCUCUGUCUCCGAGGUGCAAGGUCUACAACACAGAGAGCAGCCAGUGGCUGGUAAAGGGCAGCGCGAUGGUGUGUAUCAGGGCACAGGACUCCCUGUGUGACUCCCCCUGGGGUGACUGGAAGGAGUACAGACACAAGAAAAAGGAAAAGAGGGAGAAUUAAGUGAAUGAAGAACAAGGGUGUGUUCAUUCUUCAACAAGAGUAGAUCACUGUUCUUCACUGCACUGAUGAAUAAUGUUUCUGUGUAUUCCCUUUAUAGAUUGUACACAUUUCCAUUGUACAAACUCAGCAGUUAUAAAGGUGAACUGAUAUUGCAGAAAGAACAAAUCAUUCUAAAUUAAUUUACUGACACAA